GGGGAGGAACUGCGAGGUGUGCGUGGACGUCAGACUGGAUAGCGGAAGGUCAGGGCGGCCCGGAGCGGAAGUGGGGCUCGGGAGCUUGUCCGCCAUUGUGGGCCCGAGGAGCGGAGGGCGAGCGGGGACGAGCAGCGUGCAGGCGGCGAGCUCGGGCCCCCUUCCGCGAUUCCCUAGCGCGAGCCCGCUUUCCGUAGUCCCCGCGAUCGGCGGCGGCGGCGGCGGCUGGAGCAGAGCUUCGCGAGGGCGGCAGCCGACUGCUGUGAGUGCUCGCGGAGAGGCCCAGGCGGCGGCGGCGGCGGCGGCGGCGGCUCCUCCUCUCGGGUUGCGGUGAAGAAUGUCAGCCACUAGCGUGGAUCAGAGACCUAAAGGGCAAGGAAAUAAAGGUGGGAAAACAUGAUGCACACAUCUGUUGACUUUCCUAACUUGAUGUAGUCAGGACCAGAGCAGAGAAUCACCUGGCUUCUAAGGCCCAUGUUCUAUCUUGAUUUGACUUUGCUUCAUAGGGCAGAGGAAACAGGCGAAGAAUCAUUUUCAGUACAAAAUGGUUCGAUUCAUCAAAAAGAUGCUGUAAAUGAUGAUGAUUUUGAGCCAUACUUAAGUAGCCAGACAAAUCAGAAUAACAGCUAUCCACCAAUGUCAGAUCCAUAUAUGCCUAGUUACUAUGCUCCAUCCAUUGGAUUUCCAUAUUCUCUUGGAGAAGCAGCAUGGUCCACGGCUGGAGACCAGCCUAUGCCGUAUCUGACAACCUAUGGACAAAUGAGUAAUGGAGAACAUCAUUACAUACCAGAUGGUGUUUUUAGUCAACCAGGGGCAUUAGGAAAUACCCCUCCAUUUCUUGGUCAACAUGGAUUUAACUUUUUUCCUGGUAAUGCUGAUUUCUCUACAUGGGGGACAAGUGGAUCUCAGGGACAAUCAACACAAAAUUCUGCUUAUAGUAGCAGUUAUGGCUAUCCACCUAGUUCUCUUGGGAGAGCUAUUACUGAUGGACAGGCUGGAUUUGGCAAUGAUACUUUGAGUAAGGUGCCUGGCAUUAGUAGUAUUGAGCAAGGCAUGACAGGACUGAAAAUUGGUGGUGACCUGACAGCUGCAGUGACAAAAACUGUAGGUACAGCCUUGAGCAGCAGUGGUAUGACUAGCAUUGCAACCAAUAAUGUGCCCCCUGUGAGCAGUGCAGCACCUAAACCAACUUCUUGGGCUGCUAUUGCCAGAAAGCCUGCCAAACCUCAACCGAAACUUAAACCCAAGGGCAAUGUGGGAAUUGGGGGUUCUGCUGUGCCACCACCUCCUAUAAAACACAACAUGAAUAUUGGAACUUGGGAUGAAAAGGGGUCAGUGGUAAAGGCUCCACCAACCCAACCAGUUCUGCCUCCUCAAACUAUAAUCCAGCAGCCUCAGCCAUUAAUUCAACCACCACCAUUGGUGCAAAGCCAACUGCCUCAACAGCAGCCUCAGCCACCACAACCACAGCAGCAACAAGGACCUCAGCCACAGGCUCAGCCUCACCAAGUGCAGUCUCAACAGCCACAGCUGCAGAAUCGCUGGGUAGCUCCUCGGAAUAGGGGAACCGGCUUCAACCAGAACAAUGGAGCGGGCAGUGAAAACUUUGGUUUAGGUGUUGUACCUGUUAGUGCUUCACCUUCUAGUGUAGAGGUGCAUCCAGUGCUGGAAAAACUAAAGGCCAUAAACAACUAUAAUCCCAAAGACUUUGAUUGGAACCUGAAGAAUGGACGUGUGUUUAUAAUUAAGAGCUAUUCUGAGGAUGAUAUCCAUCGUUCUAUCAAGUACUCUAUCUGGUGUAGUACUGAGCAUGGUAAUAAGCGUUUGGAUGCAGCUUACCGUUCUCUGAAUGGUAAAGGUCCACUCUAUUUACUCUUCAGUGUGAAUGGCAGUGGACAUUUUUGUGGAGUGGCUGAAAUGAAGUCUGUUGUGGACUAUAAUGCAUAUGCUGGUGUCUGGUCUCAGGAUAAGUGGAAGGGCAAAUUUGAAGUUAAAUGGAUCUUUGUCAAAGAUGUUCCCAAUAACCAAUUACGACAUAUUCGCUUAGAAAAUAAUGACAACAAACCAGUAACCAAUUCAAGGGACACUCAAGAAGUACCCCUAGAAAAAGCAAAGCAAGUGCUUAAAAUAAUUGCUACUUUCAAGCAUACCACCUCAAUCUUUGAUGACUUUGCACAUUAUGAAAAGCGUCAAGAGGAGGAGGAAGCCAUGCGAAGGGAGAGAAAUAGAAACAAGCAAUAACCACCGUGUGGAGAUGUCCUAUUAAAAUGACAACACUAAUGAUGUAGACUCUGGAAAUGCCUAAUAAGUCAAAGAAGACGUUAUUAAAGCUUUUUUUUUUUUCUGCUUAAGGUGACAUCUUUGAACACUUUAACACGAAACUGACUCUUCUUGUAAUGGUUUUCAUCAGCGCAUCUGCCCUUAUACUCUCACCAAACACACUUGAGAACUGUAACUUCAUCAAGCACUUUCUGUCCUGAAGCUUUGACCAGUACCUGCUGUCUUUUGUAAUUAUGCAUCCUAGCUAAGGCACAGAAGACUGAAUGAAUGCAAGGAUUCAUUAACUUUUGAAUUUGUUAAGUACUAACAGUUAACCAUUAGAAGUGGUUCAAUGAUGUAAGAGUCUCACUGCUUCAACCUUUUCUUUGUUGUAGUUUUUAAAUUGUCCAUUGUUAGCUAUUUGACAGAUUAAAAGCAAAAUAAUCAUGCCAUAUUUAGUCCUGGAGUUGUUCAAGUCUGAAUGUUUAUGUGAAAAAUUAUUGUAGCAAACUUUUAAUAUGGCAAAGCAACCUUAUGCUCUAUUUUAGCCAAAAGAAACAUAAUCUAAAAUUAUAUUAGAACAUUGCCCUUGUCUUCAAACUAUUGGUGUAACAGAAUAUUGAUAUGCAGCUUGGUGGACUCAAUUAAUGCACACCCCCCUCCCCAAUUAUAUGUACAUUGGUUUGAGGGAUGAUUUUUGUUUCUACCACUUAACCGAAUCUCAACAUUUUGAGUAAAUGUACCUCAGUCUACUCAGACUUUUUAUGACCUUUAUAACUACGUUUAAAACCCUUCAAUCCUGUUUCUGGGUGUUUGUGAGCGGAUUGCUAUCAUGAAAUAAAAAUUUAUUACUCUAGGUACUCACUAGCUAAAUAAACAUAGUUCUUGUUUAGCAAGCAUAUACUGUUCCUCAACUCUUCUCCAGCUUUUGCAAUGUCCUGGCAUCCUUAAAGUACUUUGAAAAUAUGGCCUUGAUCCAUGAAUUAAAUCAGUAUCUAAGUGAAUGUGUUGAUGUUUUAUUGAUCAGAUCUAUAUAAGUGGGAAUACAGCAUAUAUCUGGGUAUUCUUAUAGUUAUCUUUUUAACAUCCUAUUUUUUUCAUAUCAACAUUAAUUUUGUAUCUUGAAACAAAUUGAUUUUGUAUAAUUGAAUGUGUUGUGCAUCUGUAUUGAGUGAUUUGAUGGCAUAAGGUUAUGAAAAUAAUGUCCUGCCCCUUAUAUUACUGUUUUGAAAGGAGAAAGCUAUGUAGAAUGAUAUGUUAAAGGUGAAAAUAGCAAUACAGUAGAUUUGAAUACCUUGAUGUUUUGCAUUACUCCAUUUAUGUUUACAUCGUGUUUAGAGAUACUUUCAUUUGCUCUCGUCUUUGCUCACUUCAACUCAAAAGCCUCGUCAUGGAUAUGUCUUUGAAACUUUGAUUUAUAUAAUUUUUUGUACAAUGUUUUAGAAUGUGCAAAUAUUGUAUUUUUUAUUAGAAUACAGUAUUUGUAGAUAACCAUAGCUACUUCACAGUUACUUGGUAGUCCCAGUGUAGUUAUGUCAGUGUUUACUGAAGGGAACAUCAAAAUAUUAAUGGUAUAUUAAAGAAUGAACUUUCAUAAAGGAAAAUUGCACCUAUUUUACCUUUUUGAGACUAAGCCAUGAAAUCUUGUAACAUGUCUCUUAACUAUUUAUAAUGAAAAUUGGCAUUUGGGUAUAGUCAGCACAGCAAUGUUCUAUAUCCUUAAGAUUGUAUAGGUAGGACAUUUCAAAGAUGACUCAUGUCAUUCUGGAGCUCCUACUAGAGAAAACUGUAAAAGGGUGACCUUGAAGGAAGGAGCUGAGUCCUCCCCCUGAGGUUCUCUUUUUCUUGGUGCUUUAUUAGCAACUCUGGAUAUUUUUAUAAAACUAGUUACAUUAUGAACUAAUUCAGUCUUGUUUAAUUUACAUUAGGUUUUAUGUAAGAAAUGUCAUCAGAUACCCAAUGAGCAGGCUGACUGCAGUAGACUCAGACAGGGCCAGUGUAGCUGAGAGUCUGUUCCUGGUGAGAAGAACAUCCCAGUGCCUUUAACCUGAAUUUCUAAUCUUAAGUGAAAUGGGUGCAGCAUUCCUUUGGGAAAAAAAGCUUCCACUUGGUAACUUUGUGUUUUUCUCACCUAAGUAUUCCCCAAAGCACCAGCCUUCUCUUCCUUCUUGGUCAGUCAGUAUAUUGCAAGAUUAUUUUUCCAUUAAGUGAAAUCAUUACAGGUUGUCUCUAUAGCACAACCAACAGAAUGUUUCUUAACUGCAGGGACCAAAAGGGAGAGAGCCUGGGCUCUACAAGAGUAGAUAUAUAAUAACAUGUUUGAAUAAUCUUAAAUUAAGACAUUAUUGGUCCCGUGAUUUCUUGCUUAAUGUUUUUCCAAUUUGUCAUUUGAAUGAUUCUUAUUAAAGUUAUCUUAUGUGGGUAUUUUAUUUUUAAAGGUAUUAUAGUUUGUAUAUUUAACAGUAAGGGGGAAAGUGUAACCAAAAUUAGUAUUCUCUCACUAUACAUAUUGGUACUUGAAAAUUCCUUAAAAAAACAAAAAAACAAAAAACUCAGCCUUUUAGUGCUUAAUUCCUUAUUUUAACGUGAUCUUUCUAAUUGAAAAGCUGUGUUAUUUUUGAGUACCAUGCAUGAAGGUUAAGCUGAUGUUCAAACAGUUUGCAAUAAAAAAACUCAAUCAGCUUAAGUCAUUCAAUCAUUUCAAGUGCAUUCUGCAUCCUUUACAAGUAAGUUUGUGAGAUUUUAAGAGAAUUGUGUUUUCAUUAAGUUUUGCAUAUCUUUUGUUAUGCCAUGUAAAUUCCCCUUUUCAUAUGAUUAAAGGAAGGAUAUGAUGAAAUGAUUAGUUCAUUUACAUUCACUUGUAGCAGUUACAAAUGAGAAUUUGAAUUUUGUCGUGUUUGGGUUUGUUCAUUCCUGUGAAUGAUGGUACAGUAGGUGAGAUUUUUUUUUUUUUUUUUUUUGUUAUGGUACCGAACUCACCAUUUGGUCCUCUUUAAUCUUUGAGGGUUUCAAUAAAAAUUGUUCACUCAUAUCUGUGUUCUUUCCUUUUUAUCUAUCUUUAUAAAUAUAUGCUGCUUGCUAGGAAAUAUCUUUUGCCUAUUAUGAUUUUCCUGAUUGGCAAAUGCAUGGAAAUUAAUCAUUUUAGUUGGUCAUUUAGAUUGAGUGAAUUAAAGACAGGGAGGAUCCCUUUAUUCAAUCUAACCAGCCUGUUGGCUUACAUAUUCUUAAUACUUAAAAGAAAAGAGGAAGAGAGGCCUUUUUUAAUGCAGCAGGAGGAAGUAGUAAUGCCAGCUGUCUAAGAGCCUAUCUCUUUCUUGGCCCCAAGGAAUGCUUUUCUAACAGUUAUACAUUAUCUUUUAGAAUUCAUGGAAUUUAUCUGGAUGGGAUGUUCAUCAUUAACUUAGCUCUCUAUAAAGCAUUUGUUUGGGUGAGAAAACUAACAUUUUAGUUUUGUGUUCUCAAAACCAGUUGUGUGUAUACAAGAAUCACUGGCUGUGUCCAGUGCACCCACUGCAGUAGCAGCAGGAGCCUCCUUUUGGUCUCCCCAAGAGAAAGUAUGUGUUUCAUUAGUGUACAUAGAAUUGAGGGUAGUCAUUAGUCACCUGUAGUUAGAACCUGAUUAUUCUUCACUGAUCUUGCUUCUCAGUGCUGGAUUUGGGGAUUUCUGUUCUAGGAACUAAGAUAUUCCUAGAGUUAACUGAUCAAGGUGGUUAACUUUACUUUCUACUUCUAUAGUACUUAACAGUAUAUAAUCUCAAAAUGUAUAUUUCCCCUGCUAAAAUGACAGACAGAAUUCUUGUGUAGUACCUGUAUGUAAUGGUAGUAGGCUAGGUACAGUUUAUUCGUAAGUAGUGCACUAAAUCCAGAAUUGAUUUAGUGUUGGUUAUCUAUGUAACAUUGGAGCUAAAUUUAAGUGAAAAACUAUUCCCAUGAAAAUGUAAAAUGAAGAUAGGGAUUCAGAGUAACUGCCCAGGUUGAAUCCCCACCUCUUCUGCCAUCCUACUUGGUCCUUCAAAGAACAUAUAUUUGAAGAAUUCAUAUAUUAAAGUUGGAUUUUUACAUACUGUGCAUUUGGAAACACUGGAUGAUGGAAUUGCAUUUAGGGGAUGUAGGAAUAAGUCAGUUGAGUUACAUCUAACUGAUGGGAUGACACCGAACCAGUCUCUUAGUUGUUAGUGUGCAAAUAGAAUACGGCUAAGAUUGUGCAUUUCUGAGAUUUUGUAACAGGAUUUAUUUAGACAAUUAGAGUUGUAGGCUAUGGUAGUGUCUAAUGAUGUCAAAUGUUUUUCCUUUGAAAGUAAGUUUGGCCAACCAUGUGAUUUUUGUGUGUCAAGAGUAUUAAACAUGUCCCAAAGACAUCCAAUUUUUUUUCUUCUACCAUUUCAUAGUAUCUUUUUAUUCUUCAUAAAUGAGGUUAGAGCAAUUUUACAGAAAAUCUGAAAAGAAUAUUUAGAGUUUUUACCUACUUUGUACCCAGCUCCCCGAGUUCCUGAUAUCUUAGAAAUUAAUGAGUAUGGAUUCUUCAUUUCCUCAAUGUACACUUUAAAAUUUCUCUUAGUUUUUACUCAAUGUUCUUUUGUCAGGUUCCCCCAAGAGUACCAUGGCACUUCUAGUUUUCACAUCUCCUUGGUUGUAGUGGUUUCUUGGGCUUCUGUUUGAUGAUAAUGAUUGAUACUGUGGAGAAUAUUCCUCCUUUGGAAUGUAGCUGGUAGGUAAUUCUGUUUAUUUGGGUUAUACGUUUUAGGGAGGAGGACUACACACAUGAAGGGCUUUUUUUCUGUCACAUGUCAAUAAUGUGACUGGUGAUGACUGGCUGAGGUGGUGAAUGUCAGGUUUCUUAAAUUUACUCUUGUGUACGAUGCCCGAGGUUAAACCUAGAGUCUGGCACAUUCUAAGUACUCUACUGCUGGCCCACUUAACUUCCCUUUGUCUUACGAGACAAGGGUAUGAUGGCUAAUCAUGAAUGUCAGCUUGUUUGAACUGAGAAGUACUUCUGGGGUGCUUCUGUGAGAGUGAAGACUUUUCCAGGGACCAUUAAAUAGGCGAGGACUAAUCCUGAAUGUGGAAGUAGCAUCAUCUACUAAUAGACUGAGGGCUCAGAGGGAAUAAAAGGAGAAGAAAGAAAUGUAAACAUCUCUGCUUCCUGGCCACUAUGAUGUGCCACCCUUCUGCCAUGAUAAAACCAGGAACCAAAAAAUCUGUUUCCCCAAGGUAUUUGGUUAGUGUUAGAAACUGUCUAAAGCAUAGGUUCUUUCUGUGACUCAUUCUGGCCUCAAAUUUAUAAUCUUCCCUUUGCCGUCUCUGCUAGGAUUGCAAGUGUGCAUCACCACAAUGCCCUGCAGGUUACUCCUCCAAUGUAUUCAAAGGGACUUCUAGUCCACAUUUGAGGGGAGAAUUAAUACUGUAAUUCUUGUAUUUAACAAAGAUUUAUAAUUAUAAAAUAGAGAAAUUUAAUUAUUCACCCUCAAUUGCUGAAAGCUUGUAUGUCAACACUUCCCGUUUAGAAAGAUACAUCUCCUCACUUUCUAUACCUUUUUCAAGGGGACAGCAGAGAUCUUGAAGGACUUCUAAUAGGACUGACCUAUUUCAAGCAUAAUUGUAUGAAGAAGCAAUGAUUCUAAUAAAGGGGUAAAAGAUAAGCAAAUUUUAGGUCAUGGGGGAAAUUCUGACUGUUGUGUGCGAGUAGGAACUGAUAGUCAUUGAGCUUUUGCUGGAGAAAAAUCUGAGGUAGAUGUAUGCUAUGAUUAGACUGGUGUGUUCCUUUAAAAGAAAAGGUGUUUAAAACAGUGUAGCAUCUUUUGUAAUUGAGUCUUUUUAUAUAUACUUUUAAAAAUCAACAUAGCAUUUGUACAUAUUUUGUGGGGUUCAAUGAUACUGUGUGCAACAUGUAACGGUCAGGUGAAAAUAGUCAUGUCUGUCACUCAGACGUAAGCAUUAAUUGCUGUCAGUUGUAGCUUUAUUAUGAUAAGGCUGUCCCUACUGACCACCCCUCCCCCACUCUUCCCAAGUUCUGAUAACCACUGUCUCAGAGGUCAUGUGAGAUUAUGCAGUAUUUACUUUUCUGUGCCUGGCUGGCUUUGCUUGACAUAAUGUUGAUGAACUUCUUUUGAACAUUGUAAGGUGAUUUUUAAUAUAGUGGCCAAGAGUUUUGGAGGUGGGUAACUAACUGUUCCUGGAAUCUGAAACCCCUGCCUAAUUCAGUAUAUUUUCUAGUGGGUUAAGAGAGCAAAAUAGUACAAUAAUGAUAAUAAGAUUUAUUUCAAAAUGGUUAAAUGAGGUAAUACCAUUGUGUGUUUAUUUCUAUCCCUGGGCUUACUUUGAGCCCUCAAAUAUGAACUGUCCUUUUUUGUUGAUGAAGAAUGUAGGGUCUGUUGUGCCCUAAAGGUUAUUUUAGGGUAAUCUUUACUGCUUGAGUGCAGUUUAGAGGUUGCAGUGAAAAUGGACUACUUUCUUACUGCUUUAUUGAGAACCCAGAACAAUCACUGUAGUAAUAAAGCUUUGUUAAUUAUGUA